AUGGCUUGGAAUCCUUCACCUAGAUAUAUUUAUAAUGAUAAUCAAAAUGGAAUGAAUGUUCAUGAUAUGAAUGAUUUCGAACCAAUACAACUCAGAGUUUCAACAAUAAGACAAAAACCAUAUUAUGAUGAUUAUCAAUAUCAGGAUACAAACAACAAUAAUAAUAGAUAUCAAACACCAAAAUCUGAAAAUCGUAUUUGCUGUUCGAAAGCAUGUAUUAUUGGACUUAUUGUUGGUUUAGUAAUUGGUGCAAUUGCUGUCGUUGCUACCGCACUUCCAAUUGCUCUUACUAAAAAAUCUCAAUUAGGUACAAUAGCAACAUCACCUAAUUGGGUUGGUACCUAUGAAUUGGAUACUUCAUGUGAUUUGACAGCAUGUUGUUGUUUAUCUAAUCAAUUAACAAUGUAUACAACAAGUAGUAAUCAAAUUCAAGUGAUAGGAACUCUUGCUGGUAUAUGUACUAAUGUUUUAGCUUCAGUUUCUUAUGCACAAACAGCACCAACAGGUUUUACAUUAAGUUUUCCAUGGAGCGGAGCAGCAAUUCGUAUUAUAAUGGGUCAAGAUAAUUCUUAUAUAGGAUAUGUUGUUGGUAGUAAUGGAUAUUGUAGUGGGACUGGAUUAAGAACAUCAUUUAGUCAUACUAAUAUCAACAAUAUAAAUAUCUAUUUAAUACUAUCGUUGUUAUUAAUUACUAUUUCGAUAAGUUUACAAUAG